GUCAUUUUGCCGGUUACACCGACUAGCUGCCAUUUAAAACGUUGUUUUCGUUUUCUCCUUACCACACCGCGCUGGCCCGUAUAUAGUGCAAAUUAACGACUGCCUGAAAACAGCAUCAAGACAAAAUCUUCGGCAAGCGGAAUUCGUGAUACUCGAUCGUCACGGUUUUGGUCGGGCGACAUUUGUCACAUCGUCUUUUAGCAAGUUCCUUGAUAUUCUGUACUGUUGGAUAGUUACUGCUUUCUUACUGCUGAUGAAUUGUUACCACGAUAUAAACGCGCUGUUUAGCAAAGAGAUUUCCUGCAUCGACAGCCGGAUCUUUGACUGGGAGGAUGCAUCGCGGGAAAGGGAGAUGGCUAAAUCUGAGAUGGCGAGAUUGAUCGAACAUAUGGGCAGAUUAUCGUCUCAGUCGCAGCACUUGCAAUUCCCCACGACAACCUUCGACACGUUCCACAAUUCUGGACAACGAAUCUACGUCACCAAGUUUCCUAAUAUUUAUAAACUCAAAGGAGCCAUCAUGGCCUUUGCGCGAAUCGGCUGGAAGACACUCCUACUGGAGGACUGCGACGGUUUCACGGUGAAGAAGGACAUGAUGGUCCUCUACGACAUCCACGUUGCGUCCUGCAGUAGGCGGAAAGGUCAAGCCAAGAAACUUUUAGAUUUCAUAUUUGCGCAUGAGCGUAUCCAACCAUGGGAACUGGUCAUCGACCAGCCGACAGCCGCGCUGCUGAAAUUCUUCGAUAAGCAUUAUUAUCUUCGAGAGUUCGUUCCUCAGAUCCAAGGACGAUACGUCGUCUGGAAGCGAUACUUUAAGGAAAUACACCCAACACGCACCAGCGGUGUUAAACUAGAACCCCAGCGCCAAACAUACACCCGCAACGUACGAGAUUACCUAGGUGGACCGUGGCCGGUACGGCAUUUUCCCGGGGAUACUUUGCAAAAGCAUAGCUACAUAAACUGGCACCCGCCCACCUGUGCGGCACUGUCCAACGAUCUAGAAUUCUUAACGUCCAAGCAGCAACGAACGCACGGGAUGCUAUGCAACAACCACGUGGAGAGGGAAGUUAACCGCCGUAUGGCCGACGGGUGGCGGUGGCAUCCAACGGCCUUCUGGUAACCUGACGCUUUCCAAAGGAGACGGUUUAUGCAGUCACCAGAAGAGAAGUAGUAGAACCAGCGGUUUGAUGGUAGUACACAUAGCGGGCUCUCCUAUUGGUCGGUUUAGCCUAAGUACCGCCCCCUAUAGUCUAGGGUAUACA